AUGAAGGUCUUCCUGCUGUUCAGUGCCAUCCUGGCUGUCGCCGUGGCUGCGCCAAGUGUUAUGGAUAAUCACCUCGAGGAUGGCAACUCCUUCGGCAACGUGGCCAGGAUUGUGGCCAACUGUGCCGACAGUGGGGAUGUCACGACGUGCCUCUCUGUGAAGGGCAUCAUGGCACUCAGUCGUGCGGCACGUGCCCAGAAGAUUGAGCUCCUGCCCGGAGUCACUUUCAAUCGAGAUCCCUCGGCGAUGUUCCGCAGUGGCAAAUCACUGUCGGAAAACGAAAUUACCGCCAGCCUGCCAAGUGGUGCGCAGGAGAAGACAGGGCGACUCUUCGAUCUCACUCUUGAGGCAGCGUCCAACUUCCUCACGAGUCACGAUCUUGAGAUCAAAUUGCCAGCAGAGACCACGAAGAACUUGGCGCGCUCCAUCGAGGAAGGCCGUGGAAAGCUGAAGAAACUCGCCGGACCUCUUGUGCUAGCCCUGGGCGCCAAGGUUGUCGCUCUGCUUCCGCUCUUCCUGGGUGGUCUGGUGCUCCUGGCCACCAAGGCUCUCGUCGUUGCCAAGGUUGCCUUCGUCCUGGCUGCCGUUCUCGCUGUUCAGAAGCUGCUUGGCAGCAGUGGUGGCUUCAGUGGCAGUGGAUUCAACCUCCUCGGAAAGGUAACAUGGACAUCCGGAGCUUCCCAGGGCUGGUCCUCAGGAGCAUCUGGCGGAGCUUAUCCCUACGCCAGGAGCUACGAUGCUCAAGAACUCGCCUACCAUGGCCAGAUACCUGAACACAUCCAGUAA